CCAAUGACAUGCCAGGAUUCUCAGAAGUUUCAGCUCUACUACAAAAAUCACUAUCUGAGGCAUUAACCAUUUUCUACCCUCUUGGAGGUAGAAGAAGUGAUUGCUCCUCCAUCAAUUGCAAUGAUGAAGGUGCAAUUUACUCUGAAGCCUCAAUAAAUAUCACCAUGGAAGAGUUUCUCAAACCACCAAAAUUAGAAUUGGUAAACAAAUUGCUUCCAUGUGAGCCAAACAAGGUGCACCCCUAUCAACAAGUCUUGCCACAACUACUAGUCCAAGUGAACAUUUUCAAGUGUGGAGGCAUAGCUAUUGGUUUGUGCAAUCUCCACACAAUCCUAGAUGCAUGUUCAUGCAGUGCCUUCUUGAAAACUUGGUUUGCUAUGUGUAAAGGAACAAGAGAUGAAAUAGCAUGGCCAGAUUUUUCUUCAGCUUCUUCUCUCUUCCCUCCAAGAAACACGUUCGGUGUACGCGCUGGUGUGUUGAAUAUGAGCAAAGGCUCAGAGAUUGAAUUGAAGUGCACCACAAGAAGGUUCUUGUUUGAUGCCAAAUCUAUCAAUGACCUCAAAGCCAUGAUAGAAAAUGAUGGGAUCUACACAAAGGCUACACGUUACGAGGCGGUGUCUUCAUUCAUAUGUAAACACAUGAUUGUAGCAUGCAUGAAGGAACUCUGUGACAGAACAAGGCCACUGGUUGUCUUACAUGUUGUGGACAUGAGGAGAAGGAUGGGGGAGCCAUUCUCACAAAAUUCUAUAGGGAACUUGUUGUGGCCUGCACUGGUGGUUUAUGAGAAUGCUGAUAAGAACAUUGAUAUUAGAGAUUUGGUUAUGAAUUUGCAACAAGGAAUUGGAAAGCUCACUAAGGAAUUGUUUCUAAAAUUGCAGAAUGAUCCUGGUUUUUUGUGGAGUGAUGAGUGUGCGGAUUUAAUGCUUGAAGGGGUAGCCACCAGAAAUCCAAUUUCAUUUGUGUUCACAAGUUGGGCUAAUAUGGGAUUCAAAGAAUUGAACUUUGGUUGGGGAAAGCCUUUAUGGCUGGCUCAAAGAGGAGGUACUAAGGAAGCUAUUCCAAACACAGUAGUGUUGAUGGAAAGCGAUGAGGGGAUUGAGGCAUGGGUGACAAUGGAAGAGAAACAUCUGACUAUCAUGGAAAAUGAUAUGGACUUCCUUAGAUUAGCUUUGCUUAAUCCUAAUGUUUCAAACAUAUAAUUCUUUAAUCAUCAGCAAAAUGGACUAAAAUGUGAAAUAGAA